AUGGUGCGCCCUCGCCUCCUGUCCUGCCUGCUGCUCCUGCCGCUGGCCGCCUGCUUUCCUGUCCUGGACCUGGAAGCGCCCAUGGACACCCCGGGGGGCACCGGAGGCGAGAGGAGCUGGGCCCGCCUGGCCCGGGGGCACGCGAUCCGCUCCCCGGGGGGCCCCUCUCCGUGGCCGGGAGCGCCCCGCCCGCUCGCCCUGCUGGUCGUGGCCCAGGAGCCGCUGCUGUCGGGCCGGCCGCACGCUGGCCUCCCGCUCCGGCUCCGGUCCGGGAGGCAGGAGGGCGGCCCCGGGGCCGAGGGCGACCAGGCUGGGAGCCCGCUGGGGACGCUGGCCGAGGAGCUCAGCGGCUACAGUAGGAAGAAGGGCGGCUUCCACUUCCGCUUCGGCCGGCGAUGA